AUGGAGUCCGAGUCGGAUGAAGUCAAGAUGCGUUUUAUCCGCGUUCUGCGAUCAUACAAAAGAGCAUUUGCCAAGCCCGAGGUCAUCAAAUGUUUGCUCGCUGUGGCCGUCCGGUUUGUCAGGCAGAAGAGCUCUGCCGCUGGUGAUGGGAGGGAGGAUAUGCUGGUGAAGGGGAUUCUGUACGUGUUCCGAAAUGUCCUGGCCAUACCCGACCCCCUGGUGUCCCCGUCGUCCGGCAGCUUGGCCGCCCAGGUCGAAACCCACGACACGCUGAUUGGCGUAUUGGAGGACCAGCUGGCUGCUGAUUUCUUCCUCACCCUGAUCUCGUCAUCUCCGCCCACACUGCUGGACAUCGUGUACUACCUGUUCUACCGCGUCCCCGUCUCCGCACUCUUUGACCAGCCGCACCACACGUGGUUUGACGGCCCCGAAAAUAACAGCAAGGCGCAUAAUAAGUCCAGUCGGCAUAACAACUUUGGCGGAGUCUACGCAGUCUCCACAGGAGAGGGAACCAUCAUGCCAGUGUUUAGCACGCGCGAAGUCCUGCGGCCCUUCGCCAACUUGUUCAAGAGGCGCGCCAAAGUCGAUAAACCCAAGGACGCCCAGACACGCUAUCGUAUCACCACCCUGCGUCGCAUCGCCGCCGUAUUUAUCGAGAGCUGCUUCAACCCAUUUACUCUGGCGCUCUUUGAAGACUUGCGGAUGAACGGUACUGUGGUGGAUGGGUUCACCCCGCGGCUGAUGUACGUUUCGGCGUACUUUGUCGACAUAUCCUUGGCCAACCCCGCGAUUGACCUCGGAAGCACUUGCGCAUUGGUGCAAACCCAUGUGUUUGGCCAAGUGAUGCGCUGUGCCAGCGCAUACGUCGAGCUCAAGCAUUGGACUGGACUGGAGCCCGCCAUGUACUGUUUGCAGCAAACCCUCCUGUCGCUCAGCAAGAUGCGCGGCGCCAAGCUCGAUUCCUUGGCAGACAACAUAUUGAGCAAUCUGUUCUAUGAUGGAGACGCCCUGGAUUUGUUCGUCAUGCUGUGUCGCGUUUAUAAGCCGAGGAAGAACACACGCGCGUUUUUGGAGCAGGUCGCUAGGUUGACAGAGACCUUCUUGGACACGCUGCGGGACUACGCGCAGACAAAGGCCGGUAUGGUUGUCAGGACCAAGGUGAAGCGGCGAGUGCCCAAGUCGCAGUCCACGAUGGAUGCCGGCAUGGAUAUGGACCUUGGGGUUGAGGCUGAGGAAAUGGACGAUGAGGAUAUUGGUGACGAGUCCAAGUUGGUCACACAGGUGGAGGAGGUAUUAGUUGAGCGGGAAUUCAACAUUAGCAGGUACGAGGCGGCCUUUGCUGUCGCCGAUGUGGUCAAAUCCUACAGUCACCUUCUGUCCCCGCCCUCAGCCAUCGAACACGUCUUCCCCAUGCUCCGCCGUAUUGCCAUCACGCACCAGCGGCCACACUUGUUUUUCAAAAAACCCAUUAUGCAAAGGCUCCUGACGCUCUUCGACGACCAGCUCACUUAUCCGAAUCGCUCAGAGAUGAUUGAUUUGGCGGCGUGGAUUUUCCGUCAAUACAUGGUUGUUCUGGAUAGUCCCUCGUUGAUGGCCCAUUAUAAGGCUGAGCCGUUGGAUAAUCGCAUGGCUAUGGAGUGCGUCAUGACUUUUUUGAAGCAGUCAUCGGCGGGUAAGGCUGUGGAGCCGGUCAUUACGCGGAAUCUGAUUGAGCUGCGCGCGUCGACGCCGGAAACCAAGCCGGAGACAAAGCCGGAGAACAGGCCGGAGGAGUGGGACGAGGAAGAAGAGUACCUUGCCCAUGCAUCAUCCGCUCUUCCUCUCGGCUCCACCGCCGCUUCCAUGGCAGGUGCUAUUGCAGAAAUAAACGAAGACGAUUUGGAUUUCUACGGUGGCCACGGAGAUGAUUUUGAUUUUGAUUUCGACAAUAUGCUAAACUAG